AUGCUUGCCUCAGUCAUCACCGUCGUCUCGGCCCUCGCCGCCUCAGUCGUCGCUGUCCCCGACGUCCAAGCCCGUGAAGUUUUGGCUUCAUGGCCUGCCACCAACUUCCAGAAGGCCUGCACACCUGGCCACUGCCAAGCUAUGUUCGAUAUCAGCGCCCCCGCGGGCUACGCUAAGGAUGCCCCGGCCUUCAAGGUCACGUGCAAGGCGCCCCAGAACCAAGCCUACGUCAAGUGCGAAUCUGCCAGCCCGCUUGCCAAGGACUCUUCGGUGCAAUCGAUGUUCACUGAUGGAGCGAGCAAGGACGCCAUGAAGAUCUCGGUGUUCCAUAUUUGGAAUGAGGGUGCGACGACGUUCAACGCCUCCGGCUCCGUUGAGGUCACUCCUUCUGCCACGGGCUUCACGCUGCCCGUCACCUCCCUCACCGGUAUCGCCUAA